GAAAUUAGUUAAACUGGCAACACUAGACGCAAUCGAAAUGCGAUAGUUCCCUUGUUUAUGAAUUUCCUUGAAAAUUCUUAAUUAUUCAGCAAAAGAUGCACGACACCCGUUUGAGGCUGACCGAUCUGAACGUGGACUGCCUCCUACUGGUCUUUAAGUACUGCUCGGAAGGAGAUCUGCUGUGUCUGUGCCUCGCCAGCCGUUACCUGGAAGACAUAAUAGACAGGUAUAUUUUCUACCCGCUCUCCUUGGAUCUGUUGCUCUGUGGCAACCGGAAUAGACCCAGCAUUGAAAAGAGGAACCGCAAGCGCCUCACGAACUACGAGCGAAUCCAGGUGUCCAAGAACUGGGUGAGCGGCACCUACUUGGAGCGCCCCUACUUCCACCAUGCUCAAAUGUUCCCCACCAAACUGUGCCUUGAGCACGACGCUCUGUAUAUCACACAUGCCGCCUAUCUGCGCAAGUACCGCCGAUCCAGCUGCGACAUUCUGCAACGCCGGUUCGAGAAGGAGAUCAGUACGUCCACGAAUAGUGACAUCUCCCACUUUGUCAAGAAAAAGAACACAAUUUUUGCGGGACGGGUGUGCGGAUCGUGCUUUCACUACGACCCGGAGGGCAUUACGGAGCAGCGCAUGCAUCCCGCCAACGAAUAUCUGUUUUGCGUGGACUUUGUCCAAGAUCUGUAUGCAACCAGUACCGAUCACUGUUCCAAGCUGUGGCAGCGAUCUCAGGAGUUCGGUUUGACACACUUCGAUAUGGUGACAAAGCUGCCGCAUGCCUUUAAGUCAAUGCAACUGAGUCCGGAUGGCCAGUGGCUAUAUGGGGGUCUUUAUACGGACAAUGACGGUCAAGCCCUAAGGGCCAUUCACGUGGAAAGUGGCGAGGAGCUGGUCCUUAACUCGGCAACAAAGUCCAUAUACGAUCUAAAAAUGAAGGAUGAUCAGGUGCUAUUUACAGCCAAUUUUGAUACCUCCUUUCGUAUGUUCGAUCGUCGCAUUGAUCGCGACGUUGCCAUCUGGGAAGAUCCCUUUGACUCGUCAUUCUACUGCUUAGAGCACGAUGGACUGUACGCCGUGCUGGUCGGCAGCUGCCGACAUGCUCGGGUCAAUCUCUACGAUAUUAGAAUGCCAAAAUAUGUACAGUUGUACUUCCCCGGACGGACACGCCAGCACAAUGGCUUCUCUCCCGUCUAUAGUUUAUCCUGUGAUAGCCAAUACAUGUUCGUGGCCACCGACCACAAUCUGAGAGUGUUCGACUUCAAGGCCAGCUGUGGCAUUCGAAGGGAUUAUAGCAAAAUUGGCAGUUCAAUACCGAAUGUUUCGGACGGAAUGAGACGUGUGUGUUGAGUUUCUGCAUUAUAGAACAUAAGUUUAGCUCUAAAUUAAAAGAUGGAACAAUUCGGAAUAUAAUCUAGAUUAGACUUGGCUGACCUUUGGCACUUAUUAUUAUUUUUAUUAGGAAAGUAGUCGGACAAAUACCGAAUCAAAUAACAUUUUAAAAUGUCGCCAA